AUGGCAUCGACACUUUCCAAAGAGUUUGGGUCAGAUUCUGAGCCUCAGAAUGACAGUCAUCAACACAAAGAUGGUUCUGUGGUGACAACCCUUGCCGAGCCAGAGGAGCAACGGGAGUCCCUGUCGCUGUUUGGUGCGCUUUUCUCUCGGAAACGAAAGGUCGGCCCGGACUCUAUUGCGACGGUUCGAAGUGUGUUCGAUGAUCCCCAGUUGGCGCAAUUUUACCAGCCUUGUGCGGACUACGAGAAUCUGCACAGAUUUGAUCCGGACGAAAGAUGGACUCACCGUGAGGAAGUCUCCGUACGCCGCAAGACCGAUUGGAAUGUUCUCUUGUGGAUUCUUAUCAUGUUCUUUGGUCUCAAUCUCGAUCGGGGAAAUCUAGGAAGUGCCGCGGCUGAUAACCUGCUCGACGAUCUGAAGAUCACCACCAACGAUUACAACAAUGCGCAAAACAUGUAUCGUGUCGGUUUCCUUAUUGCUGAGAUCCCGUCUCAGAUGCUUGGAAAGAGAUUGGGACCAGAUCGUUGGAUUCCCUUUCAGAUCAUCUUGUGGAGUCUGGCAUCCGGCGGCCAGUUCUUUAUGCAGGGUCGCUCGGGCUUCUUCGCUUGUCGAUUCUUCAUUGGCCUGUUCAUGGUGGCUUCAUUCCAGAUUCAAUAUUGUACCUUUCAAAUGCCAUUCCGUCUUGCAUUGUUUUGGUUCACUGAUUCCAUGUCAGGUGUGGUUGCCUCAUUUAUCGCUUAUGGUGUUCUACACAUGCGCGGUGUGGAUGGUCGCGAAGGUUGGCGAUGGCUGUUCCUCAUCGAGGCACUCAUUAGUCUCGUGAUAGGAUUCCUCAGUUUCUUAUUUUUGGUGCCCGGUCCUACCCAGACAAAGACUUGGUGGAACCCUAAGGGAUAUUUCACCGAAAAAGAAGAGAAAAUCAUUGUGAAUAAGGUGUUGCGAGACGAUCCGUCCAAGGGUGACAUGCACAAUCGCCAGGCCCUUUCUCUCAAAAUGUUCUGGCAAAGUUUGAUGGACUAUGACCUGUGGCCGAUUUACAUCAUUGGAAUGAUUUUCGAAAUACCCUCUUCGCCACCGAAGAGCUAUCUGACGCUUUCACUUAAAGGGAUUGGAUUUACCACCUUCGAGACCACUUUGUUGACAAUUCCCGUCACUGUUUUUGCCUCCAUUAAUUUGCUUCUGAUAACCGAAUUGUCCGAGCGUUUGCAACAAGUCUCCUUCGUCGGUCUUCUCGCUCAGAUAUGGACUUUCCCGCUUCUCAUCGUCCUUUACACAUCAGUUGGUUCGCUGUCACACUGGAGCAUGUAUGCGGUUUCGUUCAUUCUGGUGGGCUGGCCAAACCCACAAGCAACACAUGUUGGCUGGUGCUCACGCAUCAGUAAUACUGUCCGAACUCGAAGUAUCAGUGCGGCGCUUUUCAAUGUGACCAUCCAACUUUCCGGAAUUGCAUCCUCCAACAUCUACCGCGCAGAUGAUAAGCCAAACUACCAUCGUGGAAACGGUCAACUCAUCGCUGUAAAUGUCGCUACCAUGGUUGCCUAUGUUCUGGCAAAGUUAUACUACAUGCGCAGGAACCAAUGGAAGAAAGCUCAAUGGGACAGGUUUACCCCAGAGGAGAAGGCAACCUAUCUGAGCACUACUACCGAUGAAGGAAACAAGCGAUUGGACUUCCAGUUCCAUAGCUGA